UAAUAAAUAAAAUAAAUAUACUCCAAAAAUUAUUAAUUUUAAGACCUAUCUUCAAUCAGAUUUAUCCGAGGCCUGUUGAACUAGUCUUUAUUCCAAAUGUGCCCGCUUUGAUAUUGAUCACAGAAGACUUGUAACUCUGGAUGAACCAUUGUAUGGGAAUUAUGCACAACAAAUCCUGAACCGAUUGUAAUUACGUUUCAUAGACCCUCUAUCUUAAAUAGGACAAGAUUAAGAUAUCCUCCCUUUUACGUAAAGGGUUUAAAAUUCCUAUUUGAAAAUACAAAAAAAUCCCGCACUUAUUGAAUUAUGCCUCACUUAAAGAGGCGUUAGUGUGUAGUGUUUUAAGACUUUCAUCGAACUCGACAUUGGUGGGUGGAAUGGAAUUAAACAUUAUGUCCCUUUUAAAUCCAUAUCUGCACUUGUAUUCACUAAUCCCAAUUGGAAUUUUUAAGCGAUUAGAAAACAAAAUCAGGUGUCUGGUAAAACCCAGUUAAUAUUACGUGUGUGUGUGUUUUCCCUUAAAAAGGCAGUUGGAAAAUCCUCAUAAGCAACAGUCUCUAAAUUAAUACCAACGAAAAAUGACGCAAGCCCGACACUGCCGCCUAUGUUUCGAAGCCUGUAGUGUGUACUACACAUUGUUGGAUCCAAAAGGAAAUAACAAUAAGAAAUUUCAAAUUCUACAAAACUAUUUCGAGGAAAAGUUCUUAAACGCCGAACGAAGACGAAAUUUAACAGUUGUCUGUUUAAACUGCUGGCAGCCGGUUUGUGAUUUUAAUAAAUUCAAGGAAUCCUUACUUUUAUUAGAUGCAACAUUCGAUGAAGCCCAAACAAUUAAAUUACUUAAAAAAGAAGAAAAACUUCCCGAUGAUUUAAAAUUACAUAUCAAAAAAGAGCCAGAUGAAAAUCAUCCACCUAAUGAUCAACAAAAACCCCAAGUUGUGGAUGAAAAUUCGAAUAACGAGUAUUCCAAAGAAUCUCUUAUCACCAAAUUGACUUCUGUUCCAUUAUACGAAGAAGAUUCUAGUCUAUUGGAUGAGAGUUUAGAAGAUUUUGAAAUUUCCCUUUCCGAUGCCAAGAAAGAACCAAAUGAAAACCAAAGUGGAAAGGACCUUAACAAUUCCAAGGCAAUGAAAUCGAAACAAACUGCAAAAUCAAAGGAAAGUAAUGUUGCCAACAAUAUUUCCAUGCAGUCAUUGGAUCUUGAUGAAAGCUUAGAGGAUUUCGAAUUUUCCUUUUGCAAUGAUGCUCCAGUGAAAGUGGAAAAAAUUGAUAACGAUGACAAGAAAAAUGUGGCUCUCCAAAUGAUUUCAAUCCCAGCAGAGAAAGAAAAUCUAAAACUUUUAGAAGAUAGUCUAGAGGAUUUUAAUAUUUCCCUUUGUGAUGUUAAAAAUGAAGCCAAUGAAAAUCAGCCACCCAAUCUCCAUCUUGACACCCCGCAGACUGAAACUAAAUCAGUUGCAAAAAACUCCACAGAUCACAAAACGCCUUCCGGUCCUCAAACAUUGAGUCAAAAUCCAAAUGAAAUGAAUCAAAGUGUGGAUGAUUUUGACAUAUCUUUUACAGAGCUAGAAUCAAUAGACAUACAAUUUAGUUCCGAUGACGAUGCAUCUCUGCCAGAUUCAGUUGACACGGCAAGAUCUGAAUCACAAAUGAAAUAUGAUGAUAACAUUUCUGAAAGACUCAAAGUUAGACAUAAUUGGGAUAAAUGUCAUUUGGAAGCAUUGAGACAACGAUUAGAAGAGGCUGACGAUGACGAUAAACCAUCAUUGAGGAUUGAAAUCGAAAAAGUAAUGGACGCUAUUAGAGAAAGAAGACGAAGACAUCGAAAGAACAAUCGCCGAAAUCGUACAUUAAAACGAUUGAAGGAAAAGAAACGUCGUAGACACUACGACUAGAGUACUUCACAGAAUAAUUGUACAAAAAUACUAAUUUAUGUAAAUAUUUUAAUAAAUAAACCGUGCCAUGAAAUAAACUAUAAAAAUUACAUCGCUUUAAUAUUACAUAUUUGACAAGUAGAAAAAAUCUGCACCAAAGUCUUAUAGUGUCAAAUAAACCUUUAAACCGCGCAAAAAUUGUUUAUAUUCCUAGAGUUAUGCCAAAUUUGUAUAAUUAUUGACCAUUAACAUCGAAAUAUG